AUGUCUCGUUUGGUAGUUGCCAUCCUGCUAUUGAUUCCAGAAUUGGACGCCGAACUAGAUUUUUGUGUUUUCAACUGGAAUACUACGAAAAGCUGGCCGAUAAAGAAUUGGACAAAGUCCAAUGAGUUCUGCAUGAAUUUUGUUGGAAAUUCAUUUUUGUUGAACGAAUAUGUAAACGUUCAGUUCGAACAAAUAUUUGAAAUUUUCCGCUAUUCAAAUGCUGCUGUUGAUGAGAUGAUCUGGACUGGCUUGCGGUUGAUCGGCGGCUCGUUAGUAUGGGAAAGUAUCUCACCAACUUCAAUGCUGACAAGAGCAAUUCCUCGUAAGGGUUUUGAUAUUGAGCCCGGGGAAUAUGAGUAUACCGACGACACUGGGCUGUGUGGGGCGUUGCAGAGAUCAACCCGCGUUCUUAAACUUAUUAGUUGCAGCAGCCAGAUCAAUUUCACGUGUUUUCAGAUUUAUCCUAAGUUGUCCACUUACCCUCCCCUCACAAAUAGUAGCCAUCAGUUUAACCCUAAUUUUCGGGUUAAACAUCGUUUUCCUUCUUCAUUAGAUGGUAGAUAUGAAAGAGAUGUUUAUCGACAAAGUUAUAAAAAAUGCGACAAAGGAUGGGUAACAGGCAGGAAUCCAAAUUUGUGCUUCAAAGCCAUGGACAACGUCGUGUCAUGCGACAUCGCUAAUGAAGAAUGUUCUCGUUAUGAAAGCGGUAGUCUGGCAGUUUACGACGAUUUAGACCUCGAGGAGCUCAGUAAUACUAUCUCUUAG